AUGGAUCAAAUUCAACUGAUCAGUUCAACAUUAUCUUCUGAGAAACUGGAUAAAGAGAGACUUUUGUUGCAAGACUGGCAUGACAACUAUGAUGAGACUCUCAACUUUCAGUGCCCUCCAGGACAGUCUAUAUCCUCCAUCAGCAGCUAUCACAACAGUUAUCAUGAUGACCGACGUUGGAAAUUUAGCUGUAAACCCACCUUCAGCUGGGGUACAGACUGUUUCUUGUCACCUUAUGUCAAUGACUUUGACGAAACGUUCAGCUUCGAGUGUCCACCGCACCAUGUGAUCGCAGGAAUAAACAGUUACCAUAAUAACUAUCAUGAGGACAGACGGUGGCAGUUUUACUGCUGUAGAAGUAAAUGCACUUCUGAGGUCAGGGGUCAUUGUCAUUCUGGCUGUCAGUGGACUUCAUUCGUGAACUCCUUUGAUGAGUACUUCUUCUGGACUGUGCCUAUCCAGAGAGUUCUGGUGGGGACUGGAAGCUACCAUGAUGAUUUUCAUGAAGAUCGCCGAUGGAGGUACAAGUACUGUCUCCAACAAUCAUGUAAAUGACAAGACUCACACAGUUCAGUGGAACAAGAAAAACAGGAUUGUGCUUGAGUGUUUGCAUGCUUCAGAGGGCUAAAAUUAUUGAAUUGGUUUUACAUUUUCAAAAAUGAUUGUUGAUUAGAUCACAGAUGGCUGCCUAAUUAACCUUUAUAAAAAAUCCUAAAUGUGCUCAAAUUUGACAAUGCACUGAUAUUUAAAUCCAUUCCACAAUUUUCAGCACAAUCAUGGUUAAAAAGGUGCACAGAUAUGUUACCAGUAAUAACAACCCAACUCAUGGUAAUUCAUAACUAUUUUAUACUUACUUUCAUCAAACAUUUUACAUUAAGUAGUA